AUGGCGACCUUUUCAUACGCUGAGUAUGCUGGACAAUCACACCCUCCAUACUCAAACGGCCCCCUCAAAUUGCCCUAUCAAAGACCAGUCAAGGAGCGAAGAACGUACCAUUCUGCGGGAGUAGAGAACCUCAUCGACGAGAUAACCUUCCAGAUGCGGGAUAAAGACCUUGCACGAAUGUUUGAGAACUGCUUUCCAAACACUCUCGACACCACGGUGAAAUGGUUUGAGCACUCCGAUGACACCUGCAAAUCAUUCAUCAUUGCCGGAGAUAUGGACGCUGCCUGGCUCCGCGACAACCUAUGGCAGAUCCAAGCUUACAAAUGCUUGCUUCGUACCGACGAGUCAAUACGAAAACUAUGGCGGGGUGUCAUUACUCUGCAUACACGAUGGAUCGCCAAAGCACCAUACGCCAAUUCUUUCCAGGCACCGAGGGAAAGUGGAUUGAAACCCGUGACCGACCAUGUCGUCGACAUGGGUGCCGAUAUUGUCAAACCCCCACUCGACCCCGACCUGUCGUUCGAAGGUAAAUGGUCACUAGACAGUGUGGCUUCAUUUCUCCGGAUCUCCAACACAUACGUCCAGGAGACAGCCGACACGUCAAUCCUUGACGACUCCUGGAUGGCGGCCCUGACAGCCAUCUUGCAAGUGCUCCACGAACAGUCACAGUCCACGUUCGAUGAACAUGGCAAACUCAACGCGCAAGCAUAUUCAUUCCAGCGCCCGGCGUCGACGAGCAUGACGUCGGUAUACAACGGACCCGAUCAACCCCCUAACGUCGGCACCGGCAAUCCGGUCAAAUCAACGGGCCUGAUCCGGUCGUCCUUUCGCGCCAGUGACGACGCAACUAUUUUCCCGUUCCACGUCCCGGCCAACGCCUUCAUGGCUGUCGAGCUCGACCGUACCGCCGAGCUGCUCUCGCCGAUGGCGCGCGACUUGUCGGUCCAGUGCGCCGCAAUCAGCGGGUCGAUCACGCGAGGCAUCUACGAGCACGGCGUCUUCACGCACCCCGUGUACGGCAAGGUGCUCGCGUACGAGGUCGACGGCUACGGAUCGCGCGUCUUCAUGGACGACGCGAGCCCGCCGUCCCUCCUGACGCUGCCGUAUCUGGGAUUCCUCGACGCCUCGGACCCCGUGUACCGUGCCACGCGCGCCAUGGUUCUCUCCCGCGACGGGAACCCGUACUAUGUCGUGGGCUCCGCGCUCGAGGGCCAGGGCAGUCCCCACAUCGAUCUGACUACCAUGUGGCCCCUGGGCACGAUCAUGCAGGUCCUGACGAGCGACGACGACCGGGAAAUCCGCGCGUGUCUGGAGACGCUGAAGAAGUCCAGCGCGGGGCUCGGUCUCGUGCAUGAAGGCGUGGAUGUGAAUGACUCGUCCAGGUUUCUUAGGACGUGGUAUGCCUGGGGGAACAGUGCGUUUGGGGAGAUGAUUGUCGACCUGGCGGCGCGGAAACCAGGUAUCUUGUUCGGUGAGGCUGGAGCGAACGACCGUCAUUCUCUCACCUCUGAGGCCGAGGUCGAGCUUGAGACUGAAACCAACCCGGAUCAUGACGGGAGAGUUCCUAAGCUCUAG